UCGCGCGCUGCGUCUCGCGCCGUUCGUCGGUCGCGCCGCUGGUCGUUUCUCUCCUCUCCCAGCCGCUGCCGUCGCCGCCGCCGCCGCUGCGGAUGGGGGAGGUGGAGCCGGGGCCCACGGGCCCCCUGGACCCCCUUGAGCCGCCUGAGGCUCCCGCCGCGAGCCGUCGGCCGGGGGGAAUCCGAGUCCUGAAGAGAAACAUGAAGCGCAGUGGAAGCAGACACUGUUUGCACAGGAGAAGUAGGUUCAGCUCCCGUGAGAGAGAUUGGCUGAAAGAGGAUGUGAAGAGAGGCUGUGUCUACCUCUAUGGAGCAGAAACAGCUACUGCCACUGCCACUGCCUCUGUGGCCAGCACUAUCACCUCAUCCUCUUCUGAUUUACACCUGGUCCUUUGCACAGUAGAGACACCAGCAUCCGAGAUCUGUGCUGGAGAGGGAAAGGAAAGUCUUUAUUUACAGCUCCACGGAGACCUAGUGAGGAGACUGGACCCUACUGAACGACCCCUUCAGAUGGUAUAUGAAUACUUAGGCAGCCUGGGCUUUGAGGAUCCUGUUCGUAUACAGGAGGAGGCAACAAACCCUGACCUCAGCUGUAUGAUUCGCUUUUAUGGAGAAAAACCAUGCCAGAUGGAUCAUCUCGACCGAAUUCUAUUAUCUGGCAUCUAUAAUGUACGCAAGGGAAAGACCCAGCUUCAUAAGUGGGCUGAGCGCUUGGUUGUUCUCUGUGGGACUUGCCUUAUUGUGUCUUCUGUGAAAGACUGCCAGACAGGAAAGAUGCACAUUUUGCCCCUUGUGGGGGGAAAGGUAGAAGAAUUGAAACGGCGGCAGCACAGCCUUGCCUUCAGCUCUGCAGGAGCACAGGCUCCGACGUACCACAUCAGCUUCGAAUCUUUGGCAGAGUGCCAGAGGUGGCAUCGGCAGGCCUCCAAGGUGGUGUCGCAGCGAAUAAGUACAGUUGAUCUCUCGUGUUACAGCCUGGAGGAGGUUCCUGAGCAUCUCUUCUAUAGUCAAGACAUCACCUACCUCAACUUGCGACAUAACUUUAUGCAAUUAGAAAGACCAGGAGGUCUCGAUAGUCUCUACAGGUUUUCUCAGCUGAAGGGCCUGAACUUGUCCCACAACAAGCUUGGGUUGUUCCCCAUUUUACUUUGUGAGAUCUCCACUCUGACGGAACUCAACCUUUCCUGUAAUGGAUUUCAUGAAUUGCCUGGUCAGAUUGGCAAUCUUCUGAAUCUACAGACUCUCUGUCUUGAUGGCAACUUCCUUACUACUUUACCUGAAGAACUGGGAAAUUUGCAACAGCUUUCCACUCUUGGACUCUCCUUCAAUAAUUUUAGCCAAAUUCCUGAGGCUUGUGUGAAGCUCACUAUGCUAGAGAAACUGGCUAUGGCAGGAAACCAGCUAGAAGUCCUGAAUCUUGGGAUUUUGAACAGAAUGAAGCAUAUCAAACAUGUUGAUUUAAGGUUGAACAGUUUGAAGAGAACAGUUGUUGACAACCUGGAGGGAAAUAAGCAUGUUACCCACCUGGAUUUGCGGGAUAACCAGUUGACUGACCUGGAUCUGAGUUCCCUGGGAAGUCUCCAGCAGCUGCACUGUGAACGGAAUCAGCUGAGAGACCUCACACUCAGUGGUUUCACCCUUCGCUCCCUCUGUGCCAACUCUAACAGACUGACAGCAGUGAAUGUCUAUCCAGUGCCUAGUCUGCUUACUUCCUUAGAACUCUCCAGGAAUCAAUUAGAGUAUGUUCCUGACUGGAUCUGUGAAUCAAAGAAGAUAGAGGUGUUGGAUAUGAGCUACAAUCUUCUAACAGAGAUCCCCAUUAGGAUUCUGAGUAGUCUGAGUCUUAGGAAGCUGAUGGUGGGACACAAUCAUGUGCAAAGCCUUCCAGUCCUUCUGGAACACAUCCCUCUUGAAGUCUUGGAUCUACAGCAUAAUUUACUCACCAGGCUGCCAGACACCCUCUUCUCCAAGGCCUUAAAUCUCAGGUACCUGAAUGCCUCUGCAAACAGUCUAGAGUCUCUACCGUCCGCUUGUACUGGGGAAGAGAGUUUGAGUAUGUUGCAACGACUCUAUCUGACCAAUAAUCAGCUGACAGACCAAUGUGUCCCUGUCCUGGUAGGACACCCACACCUCCGGAUCCUACAUCUCGCAAACAACCAGCUACAGACUUUCCCAGCAAGCAAAUUGAACAAGUUGGAGCAAUUGGAGGAGCUAAACCUGAGUGGCAACAAACUAAAGACAAUUCCUACAACCAUUGCAAACUGCAAACAACUGCACACUCUUGUUGCACACUCCAACAAUAUCAGCAUAUUUCCAGAGAUCCUACAUUUGCCUCAGAUCCAGUUUGUAGAUUUAAGCUGUAAUGACUUGACAGAAAUUCUGAUUCCUGAGGCUUUGCCUCCUACCCUACAGGACCUUGACCUAACUGGAAAUACCAAUCUGGUUCUGGAACAUAAGACACUGGAUAUCUUCAGUCAUAUCACCACCCUGAAAAUUGAUCAGAAACCCCUGCUAACAGCUGAUUCUGCAGGGGCAUCAAGCUUCUGGAGCCAUGGGCUCGCUGAGAUGGCUGGCCAGAGGAAUAAACUCUGUGUGUCUGCUUUGGCUGUGGAUAACUUUGCUGAAGGUGUGGAAGCCGUAUAUGGAAUGUUUGAUGGCGACCGCAAUGAAGAGCUUCCCCGACUCUUACAGUGUACCAUGGCGGACGUGCUUUUGGAAGAGGUGCAGCAGGCAGCAGCUGACACAGUUUUCAUGGCUAACACAUUUUUGGUAUCUCACAGAAAAUUGGGAAUGGCUGGCCAGAAACUAGGUUCCUCUGCCCUUCUCUGUUACGUCCGACAUGAUACUGCUGAUCCUACAAGUAGCUUCACCCUGACAGUGGCCAAUGUAGGCACGUGCCAAGCAGUCCUGUGCCGGAACGGACAGCCCUUGGCCCUCUCCAGAGUCUUCAGCCUGGAACAUUGCCCAGAGGAGCUACAGCGGGUGAAAGAACAGAAAGCCAUUGUAACAGAGGACAACAAAGUGAAUGGAGUAACCUGUUGUACCCGGAUGUUGGGCUGUACAUACCUCUAUCCAUGGAUCCUUCCAAAGCCCCAUAUAUAUUCCCUUCCACUUACAGUACAGGACGAGCUGCUGAUCUUGGGAAACAAAGCACUGUGGGAACGCCUGUCUUACCUGGAAGCUGUCGCCGCAGUACGCCAUGUCCAUGACCCAUUAGCAGCUGCCAAGAAGUUAUGCACAUUAGCACAAAGCUAUGGUUGUCAGGACAAUGUCGGAGCAAUGGUGAUCUGUUUGAACGUUGGGGAAGAUGGUUGUACUUGUGAGGUGAAUGGUCUCAGCUUCCCGGGUCCUGGGGGGUUUGCCUCGGCUCCCAACAUCAAAGAUGCUCCAAAGCCAACGACCCCUUCCUCCAGUAGCGGCAUUGCCUCAGAGUUCAGCAGUGAAAUGUCCACCUCAGAAGUGAGCAGUGAGGUGGGCUCCACAGCUUCUGAUGAGCACAAUGCCACUGGCCUGGAUGCCAGCUUGCUGCUGAGGCCGGAAAGGCGCUGCAGCCUCCAUCCCAUGCCCACCUCGGGGGUAUUUCAGCGCCAACCGUCUUGUGCCACUUUCUCGAGUAACCAGUCUGACAACGGCCUGGACAGCGAUGAUGACCAGCCUGUGGAAGGGGUCAUGACGAAUGGCAGCAGGGUAGAGGUAGAGGUAGAUAUCCACUGCUGCAAAGGAAAGGGUCUUGAGGCAUCUCCUCCUGCUCUUGAAGAGACUUCUCUGACUCUGGGUCCUGAGGAAGACUCUGGAGGAUUGUUCUUUAGGUUCCGGAGGCAAAACAGUGUGAACUGUGGAACGCUUCUUCCAACAAGCAGGGAAUUACAGAAAUCCCCAUCCACUUCUUGCCUCUAUGGGAAAAAACUUUCCAAUGGCUCCAUCGUGCCCCUAGAAGACAGCUUAAACCUCAUCGAGGUAGCCACAGAAGCACCCAAGAAGAAGACGGGCUACUUUUGUGCACCCACUCAGCUGGAGCCAGAGGAUCAACUCAUUGUACCUCAUGACCUGGAAGAAGAGGUAAAGGAACAACUGAAACAGCCCCAGGCUGCCCGGGGGGGUACAGAUGCCGAGCCCUGGGAGGAGGAUCGAGCAGACCCCUCAGAAGAAUUCGACACUGCUCUGUGACCCUCUGGAAGGCACUGCAGGAGCCGAGAAGGCGAUGGGUUCUGAUGGCCAGUGGUCCUUCCCAACAUGUUUGGCUUCUGCAUUCGAUGCCACCUCGUAGACGAACGAGGAGGAGGCACUCAGAGGUGAAAAAUGAGAGCGGCCAGGGUUACUUAGAACAAACUAGGAACUACCAUCAGUGUUGGAUUUAACAUUUAACUGUCAUUGGAAUUCCCCAGGGAGGAGGAGAUGGUCACCUCAAUCCUGCCACCUGCCAUUAACCCCUUCUCUCCUAGGUUAAUUCUGAGAACUUGUCUGCCUGGGCAGGAAGGGGACUUGUUUCUGUGGAAGAAAUGACUGAAGAUUGAUUCUCUUCAUGAUCAUUGUUGAAGGCUCUGUGACGCAAUAGUCACCAUGUCAAGUGUCAGAGCUCAGUCUAAAUGAUGAGAUGUGAUUCAGCCAUGUGGCUUUCCUAUUCUUCUCUAAGAGAAUACAGCUUAUGGAAGUGAAGCUCACUGGGCAUGUGGAGCCAAUCAGACAAUUGAUUUAUUAUGUAUGUACUGUAAUGGAAGCACUUUUCAAUGACUGAAAUUUAUUUUUGAAUCUGCACUCGAGCCAAUCUUCUUAGAGACAAUGCACCACCUUGGUCCCUCUGGUUAGGGACGGCAGGGUGUUGGUGCCUCUCACAAGGGUCCCAGGAAGGGUUAGAGGGAACAGAGACAGGGGAGUAUUUAGAGUUCUCUUGAUAGGGAUGGGAAUAUUUUAAAGGUAAAAAUGGGAAUGAAGAGAGAAGCUGCAGAGUCUCCUGGUCACGAUGAGGGGAUCCAAUUCAGAUGUCUUGACAGGAAUGAGAUGGGGCUGAGGAUUUCCCCACAGAUGAGGAGUGAUCUGGAGACUGACUGAGGAGUCAGCAUUUUUCAUUCCCUACUAGGUAGGGCCCGGGGUUGACUCCUCUCCAGGUGAUCUGGAGCUAGUGUAUGUUUCAGGACAAAUUGAGAACCAAUAGAUGGACCCCACAUAUUAGAAACUCUCUUCUCUCACUAGUGGAGAAAGAUCGUUUUUCCUGCAAACCAGAGGAACAGAUUUUAACACUAAAAUCUGUUUUUUAUAGGCCUUCAAAACUUAAUGUUGCAGUGACAGACUAUGUUACCCUUUAAAAAUCAGUCUUAUGACAUCAUAUAUGCUCUCACUGAGUGUUGGGCUCAUCUACUGCUAUAUGACUCUUAGCAGAUUUGAAACAUUUCCAUGCAAACAUAAAAGACUGUUUUCUGUACUUUUUGCACAUCACUCCUCAUUCCACCUGGCCCUGUCAGAAUGCAUUUCCUUGCACAGUCUGUUCAAUCACCUUUAUAAUUUGAAGACUUAUGUAGACAGAAAAACCAGUUUUAAUUUUUCUUCCAAAACUGUGACAUUGCCUCGCCUAAUCAGUUUGGGCGUGUGAUCUGGAUUUGUUGUGAGGAGCCGUUUGGCAUUUGCCAAAUGUAGUAGGAACAUAAAUAUUGAAUGAAUAUUGGUUUGCCCAGAUCAUUUUUAAAAGCAGCUUAUUUUAUAUUUUUGAGGGGGCGAGGAGCUUGUUGUUUGAAGCAAUAAUAGCAAACCCGUUGAGCAGAUGAUCAGUUCACUAAUGAGUCCGCGGUAUCAAUUGUCUGAGCGGUAUCACCUAUACACACGAAUGUAUGGUGCUUGUGCUUGCUUUUAAGGGGGAUCCUAUGAACUUCUUAAUGACCAUUCGAUGUUAAUUUUUCAGGAGUCCAAAUUUGAGUGCUUCUACUGUUUGGAAAGUCUUGGCUUCUCUGUCAAACUACUGCUCUGCUACUGAAGAACUUGCAGUUUCAAAUCUUUGAUCUGAUUGAUUCCUCCUUUGGAAGGGACUACAGGGGCACAUUAAGGGGUUGAGGUUCACUAAAAAAAAACAGGGGUGAAUUAUUUUAUGGCAGUAGCAUUCUCUCAAGACCACACAGCUUCCCCUGCUACCAGAACAGGAGAGUAGACCUGUUGUCCUAGAAGAGGAGCCAAUCUGGCUGUCAGUGGUUCAUGAAGUCUAGCCCCAGGCCCCCAGCAGUAGCUACUCCCUUAUGCGUGAGGGACUACAUGUGCCUCUAGUACGAUGUCCUUCUAGUGCUUCUUUGUUCUUUGUAAACUGUAGCUACAGUCUGUGUAACAGAGCAUAUUAACAGAGCUUCUGAAAGCAUAAAAUGACUAAUUCUGAGACCUCAAAGCAGCAGCAUGUGACCCCUGUGAGAUGUGUCAGGCCACAGUGCUAGUCUAGUCACUCACCACUCCAGCAAAUGAGGGCUUGAUUCUACUGCUGUCAAGCUUACGUGUGCAAUAAGUUGGCGUGUUCCCUGUGUGUGUGUAAGAGAGAGAGCCAAUAUGAGCAGCUUGAUUAUCAUUGGGUACUAUGAUGAUGGUUGGUUUGCAGUUGCUGCUGUUUUCCAGGAGAUGGGUCUAGUUAGUAUCAGCCAAUCUACUGAGUGUUGAAUGAUUAUCUUAUUUUUAUGUAAAACUUCCAACAAAAUCAAGUACUUAGAAGCCAUUGGCUUACCAACCUUUUCUGUUCACUAAUAAUCCAGUGAAAACCCUCCAUGAGGAAGUAAGUGACAAAUAAUACACAUAACAGUGUUUCGGAGCAGUUGAGACAGUGUGUGACUUGUCUCAUAUUUCCCCUCAGUCUGGGUGAAGCCAUUCAGAUUCCCCAAAACAGAGGUAACAUUUUAUUUUCAGUUAGUGACUGCCCUAUACUUGGGGAAAUACUUCCUGGUUUAGGAAAGGUGUCUGCAUAAGUACAUCUGGCUAGGAUCAUUCAACCACACAUACGCUCCUUGUGCUCUAGACUACAUGCCCUUCUCCUGGAUUUUGUAGGAUUUUCUCUCACUUUUGCCAAGGGAUGUCGUCCAGGCAGUGAGUUCACAUCUUACAAUUUUGUGCAAUCAUUGUCCUAUUAUAGUCUUAAGACUCAUUAUAGUGUAUUUUUGAUAUUUUUGAAAUGUGUUAAAUUUUUUAAUUCAAUAACAUGAGCCAGAGCAUGUUUCAGCAAAUCUAUUGUUUGUAAAAAUGAUGAUGAUGAUAAUAAAUAAAUAAAUAU